AUGUCGACAUUCAAUGGACUCGUCACCGAGUUCCCCGACAUACGAAUUGACUUGUUUCGGAAACAUGCAGAUCGUCGCCCGCCUCUUGCGUGCUUCCUGAGCCAUAUCCACAGCGACCACUUGGCUGGGCUCGACACCCUUCGGUCUCCUUUCGUAUACUGCUCCGCAGCCACCCGGGAGAUGCUCCUCCGUCUCGAGCGCUAUCCCUGUCGUAUCAAUUACGCCAAAGGCAUCCUCGAGGCACGUGUGCAGACUUACAAGCAUCUGAAGAAUCUGCUGAAGCCGUUGCCCCUGGAAACCCCAACCACUUUAGAGCUGGCGCCCGGCAGUCACAUCCAGGUCACUCUGUUCGAUGCCAACCAUUGCCCCGGUGCUGUCAUGUUCCUCAUAGAGGACUCAUAUCACGCCAUACUCUACACGGGCGACAUCCGGAGCGAGCCUUGGUUCGUUAAUGCGAUUGCCAGAAGCCCGGCCGUCAUCGAGUACACCUCUGGCAUGAAGACGCUCGAUAAGAUCUACAUCGACACCUCCUUCAUCAAGGAUGUGCCAUUCCAGACCAAGGCUGAGGGCAUCGCAGAGUUGCUCCGCAAAGUAGCACUGUAUCCAGACGACACCAUCUUCCACAUCCAAGCAUGGACGUUUGGAUACGAACAGGUCUGGGUAGCGAUAGCCAAGGCUCUCAAGUCCCGAAUCCACGUCGACGACUACAAGAUGCGCAUGUUCUCGCCGCUCACCGGCAGGACAUCCCACGACCGCUUUAGCUCGUCCAUCCAUCUGUGUCCAGAAGCUCCUGCUCUAGCCGGCUACGUGUGUGGAAAUACGCCCCAUCCCGGAUGCCUCACCCGAGAUGAAAACGCUCGACUUCACAGCUGCGAGAGGGGAAACUUCUGCACCGUUGUCAAAAGUUCCAAAGUGGUGUCUAUUCAGCCUGUUGUUGCACACCUUCGAGGUGGUAUCGAUAUUGCCGAAGUCGGCGUUGGCGGCGGCGGGGAUGACCUUGAACGUGACGCCGAGCUCGACCCUCUGUCAACAGAAGACAUUGAGGCAGUGUCGAAGCUCAUUGACGUUGCGGAUAUAUCCGCUGACGCAAAGCUUCGUCUCUUGGAGUUUCUCGAGACCGGCGCCAAAGCUGGGCGGAGCCUUUCCCUUGACCUUGACAUUACGUCCUUUGGAGAGAAGAAUGAAGCGGCCAUCACAGAUGCAUUUCAAGCAGUUGGUCGGAGGAAAUACCUCGAACACCAAACCACACAAACUCUUGAACAAACGACGGACGGUCCAAGUGGAGAUUUGCCGAGAAUCAUCACAUUCCCUUACUCUCGACACUCGUCCUACCGCGAGCUAUGCGACCUGGUUCAGAUAUUUCGUCCAAAAGAUGUAUGGCCUUGCACAGUAAACCCUGCCGACUGGCUCAGGAACAACACUAGCAUACGGUCCCUCUUUGGCGAUUUCUGCUCCGGCAAUGUCUUUGAUCACGACAUAGAGAUGGGAAAACUCGCCGAGAGUUUGAGGAUCCUCCAGCAACCGCUGUCCGAAAGCCUUGAAGGCAGUCAAUUGCCAGCGAGUGAGGCUCACAUCCCGACGUUACAUUCCUCGCACAGUCACCAAACCAAUACAUCCGAAUCUUCCAUCGUUGAGGUCGGAGAGACGUUUCCUCAAGGGUUCGAUGGCAACCCCGAGUCCAUCGAGACACGGACCCGCACAUGGGAGCAACACAGCUUCUCCUAUCAGAGUGAGGAACCCCAGGACGUCCAAGAGUCUCCGAUUUCGCACAUUUCACCAGCAUCACUCAAAUCGUCUGUCGAUAUGUCUCAAAUUCGGGCAGAUGCAUAUUUCGCCAUGGAGCAAAAUCUCCUCGGCGGGGAAUGGACUCCAAUUGGGCUCCUCUCCACGAUUGAUCACCAUACUUUCCCUGAAAAGGAUCUUGGACUCGCUUGA